UUGGGCAGUCUUGUCAUGAACUGGAAUGAGCCCCAAUGCAGCAACUGUGAAACUAAUGGACGAAUCUGCGGAUACUAUCAUCACAACUCUAGCCAUGCCAUUGGAUGCUUUAGAAAACCCAAAGAGAAGAAACUAGUAGGAACGAAGAUAGCAAUAAGUGUGAGCGUUGGAUUAUUCAUUAUCGUAUUAUUGGUGUUGAUCAUAUUUAUCAAAAUACGCAAGGAAGCAGAUAAAGAAGAAAAGGAAAAUCAAUUACGGAUUGAACAGUUCCUGGAAAAUAAUGCCCUCAAGCCCACUCGAUAUAGUCAUGUUGAGUUAAAGAAGAUGACAAAUAAAUUCCAGACCAAGUUAGGCCACGGAGGAUAUGGGAGUGUCUUUGAGGGGAACCUUACAAAUGGUAUCCAAGUAGCAGUUAAAAUUCUGGAUAAUUCAGUAGGAAGCAAUAGCGGAGAAGAAUUUGUCAAUGAAGUUGGCACUAUAGGUAGAAUUCAUCAUCUAAAUGUUGUGCGCAUCUUAGGAUUCUGUGUUGAAGGAUCUACGAGGGCUCUUAUUUACGAAUUUAUGAAGAACAAAUCACUAGACAAGUUCAUAUUCCCAUCCGGGAAAGAUAAGACAUUAAUAAACCUUGGUUGGGCAAAGCUUCAAGAAAUUGCUACUGGUAUAGCUCGUGGCAUGGAAUAUCUUCACCAAGGUUGUGACCAACGUAUUUUACAUUUCGAUAUUAAACCUCAAAAUAUCUUAUUGGAUCAUAACUUCACUCCGAAAAUUUCUGACUUUGGUCUAGCAAAACUAUGUUCCAAAGAUACCUUUAUCACUAUAUCUAUGGCUGCCGCUAGAGGAACGAUGGGUUACAUCGCACCCGAAGUUUUCUCGAGGAACUUUGGUAUCGUGUCAUAUAAAUCAGAUGUCUAUAGUUUUGGAAUGUUGUUACUUGAAAUGGUCGAAGGAAAAAAGAACACCGAAAUUACGAUGGAAACACAUGGUGAUAAAGAAUACUCUUCAGAAAAGGUAUAUAAUCGUUUAAAUCGUGGGGAAGAUUUAGGAAUUGAAGUCGAAGCAAAGGAUUUAGAGAUAGUGAAGAAAUUAAUAACGGUGGCUCUCUGGUGUAUCCAAUGGAACCCCAUUGAUCGCCCUUCCAUGAAUGACGUCCUUCAUAUGUUAGAAGGGAGUACUAGAAUUUUCCCAUGCCACCCAAUCCUUUCGCCUUAAUGACUUCAGAUCCAAGUUCUUUAAGGGUUAAUCAUAAAAAUGAGACAGAAUUAGCAAUUAUAUUAGAAGAUUAAGUGUGAAGAUAAUGUAAUAAUUUUUUUUUUCUUUU